AUGCGAAACAAAAGGGGUCAAGACCCAAAUCUUUUCUGUGAAUUCCACAAAUACACAGGUCACCUGACCGACGACUGUUUUAGCCUAAAGCAAGAGAUAGAAAGAGCUCUAAGAGACAGAAGGCUCACCCAUCUGGUAAAAGGGGGAAAGCGCGAUAAUCGCCAAAUUCAGAGAAGGGAAGAAGGCCCAGACAACAAAAAGCUUCGAAAGUUAGAAACUCACAUGGUCCAAGGGGGUCCGCGAAGACCACGAAAGAAUUAUAAUAAGUGCACGCAAGACGAUUCUUGGCACGAGAGACAAGUUGUUUUCCCCGUGGUAAGGGGAGGCCCAAGAGAAAGAAGACCCAUAGUCAUUUCUGGGGUGGUCGGUCAUUACCAGACUGAUUACAUUUUCAUCGACCCAGGGAGCACCGCAGAUAUCAUCUAUGAACAAUGCUUUAACCAAUUUGACCAAGAAGAUAAAGCACGCUUGGAACCAGUAGAUUACCUACUAACUGGUUUCUGUAAUGAAGCCGUUUUUCCUCUCGGCCAGAUAUCGUUUCUGGUGCUGCUCUCGGAUGGGAGGAACCCAAGAACAGAAGAAGUCACAUUCAUGGUGCUACCCGCGCAUUCAAGACACAAUAUCCUUUUGUGA